AAUGUCAAAACUUAACAUAAAAAUUGAACGUCAAAUAAACCAUGUGAUGAUAUUAUGAUAUUAUUUAGUUAUUUUAAAACUAUUAAAUUUAUUUUAAAACAGAUUUGUUUUUAAAAUAUAUAUAAGCAAACAUGGAUUUCAAUUCAAGAUUUACUUCUGCCGUGACGGGAUUGACAUCUGUUCAUCCAGAUUCGAUUCAAUUCCUAAUGUUUAAUGAUGAGGACAUCAAAAAACUUAGUGUGGCAAAAAUUACUAACAUGACUUCCUUCGAUUCUAUGGGUAACCCUACAAAGGCCGGUCUCUACGAUCCUGCCUUAGGACCAAUCAGGGAACGGAAUGAUUUUUGUACAACGUGUACAAACACUCUCAUAAAUUGUCCUGGACAUUUCGGACAUAUUGAAUUACCACUUGUGGUGGUUAAUCCAUUAUUUAUAAAGAACAUAUACACGCUUUUUCGUAUAACUUGCCUCAAAUGUUUCAAAAUCCAAAUGGAUGAUCGUAUGAAGUUUAUACUAAAACUACAGUUAGAAUUACUUGAUGCAGGUCAUGUUACAGCUGCUUUAGAUUUAGAAAAUUUUGUAGGUGAUGUUAAAGAUCACAAAAAGGAUGAUGAAUCACCAACAAAACCAAAUAAAGUUAUUAGAAAGUAUCAAAAACUAUUAAAAGAUAGGGAUGCUAUAUCAGAGAUUUUUCAAAAUAAGAAUACAUUUAAGUUACGGACUAAAAUUAUCAAUAACUUCUUUAAAGCUAUAACUGUAUUUAAAACUUGUCUAUACUGCAGAAGCAAAUUAAUUAAAGUAACAACAUCUGAUAAUAAGAUUAUGUACAAUGUGAGUGCUGAAGGUGGUGCUAAGGGCAUCAAAAUAUUAAUGCCAGAUGAUUUAAAACUAUAUUGCAAAGCUAUAGAACAAAAUGAUGAAGAAAUUCUUACACACUGUUUCCCAAUACUUAAAUAUGCAAACACUAAACCAAUUACUAGUGUAUUUUUUAUGCAAGUUGUCCCAGUAUUACCACCUAAUGUUAGACCAUGCAAUAUAGUAAAUGGAGAAUUAAUUGAACAUCCUCAGACAAAUGUAUAUAAAACUAUAAUGGUUACUGCAAAUAAUGCAAGAGUAGUCUUGCAAGUCUUGACAGCAUCUGACCAGCAAAAAGCAAUAGAUGGUCUUGAUCAACAACCAAGGCAAGCCUAUGAAAGUGUCAUGGGUAAAUCGCCACCAGAAAAAUUACACUCAUUAUGGCAAGAAUUACAGAAACACAUAAACCAAUUACUCAGUUGCGAAGGCCAAGGUGCUACAAGUCAAGGAUUGAAGCAGAUACUUGAAAAGAAAACAGGUGUAAUUAGAAUGCAUAUGAUGGGUAAAAGAGUAAAUUUUGCAGCCCGUUCUGUUAUUACACCUGACCCUAAUGUAGAUAUAGAUGAAAUAGGUAUUCCAGAUGCUUUUGCUACUAAGCUUACAUAUCCUGUACCUGUUACUGAGUGGAAUGUGGAUGAACUUAGAAAAAUGGUUAUCAAUGGCCCAAAUAAACAUCCUGGAGCUGAAAAACUGGAAGUAAAAAAUGGUAGAACAAUAAGAAUACCUCCAGAUUCAAUAGAAAAAAGAAAAAGUCUUGCAAAAAAAUUGCUUACACCAGAUGAAUAUAAAACUUCAGGAGUGAAGAUAGUUCACAGACACUUAGUGAAUGGUGAUGUACUAAUAUUAAAUCGACAACCUUCAUUGCACAAACCGAGUAUGAUGGCUCACAGAGCUAGAAUUCUUAAAGGUGAAAAAACUCUUAGACUUCAUUAUGCCAAUUGUAAAUCAUAUAAUGCUGAUUUUGAUGGUGAUGAGAUGAAUGCACAUUUUCCUCAAAAUGAAGUCGCUAGGAGUGAAGCAUAUAAUAUUAUGUCUGUAAGGAAGCAAUAUCUUGUACCAAAGGAUGGAACUCCACUAAGUGGUUUAAUUCAGGAUCAUGUCAUAUCGGGGGUAAGGAUGUCUUUACGAGGUACCUUCUUUACAAAAGCAGAUUAUCAACAACUAGUUUUUCAAGCAUUAUCUAAUCACAAAGGUGAAAUUAAAUUACUUCCCCCGACUAUUUUAAAGCCAGUAACACUGUGGUCUGGUAAACAAGUUUUGUCUACAAUAAUAAUAAAUAACAUACCUAAAGGUAAACCCUAUGUUUCUCUAACUGGAAAAGCAAAGAUUAGUGCAAAAGCAUGGCAAAAAGAACCUCCAAGACCUUGGAAUGCUGGGGGUACUCCAUUUUCAAAUUCAAAUGAAAUGACUGAAGCUGAGGUGGUUAUUAGAAAAGGAGAACUUUUAUGUGGAGUAUUGGAUAAAACUCACUAUGGAGCAACGCCAUAUGGCUUAGUCCAUUGCAUGUACGAUUUGUAUGGUGGAGAUAGUUCUAGUGCAGUUUUAAGUUCAUUUUCAAAGGGUUUUACUUUCUACUUGCAAUGGAUCGGCUUUACUCUUGGUGUCAAAGAUAUUCUGGUCGUCCAAGAAGCGGAUAAAAAGCGUGAUGAAAUAAUAUCUUUAGUCCGACAGGCUGGAAGAGUUGCCGGUGUAAAAGCAACUGAACUACCUGUAGAUGUUGAUGACAAUAAUCUUAAAGACACUAUCGGUGAAAUGUUGGUUAAAGAUCCUAAGUUUCGUGCAAAUUUGGACAGGCAAUAUAAAAACUUGCUAGAUUCAUACACUAAUAAUAUCAACACCGUAUGUCUGUCGGAGGGAUUGUUGGAGAAAUUCCCUUCAAACAAUUUACAAUUAAUGGUGCAGUCAGGAGCUAAAGGUUCAACCGUUAAUACUAUGCAGAUUUCCUGCUUACUAGGUCAAAUUGAAUUAGAAGGCAAAAGACCGCCUUUGAUGAUUUCUGGGCGAUCACUACCAAGUUUCCCCCCCUAUGAUGUAUCCCCAAGAGCAGGUGGUUUCAUUGACGGUCGCUUCAUGACUGGAAUACAACCGCAGGAAUUCUUUUUCCAUUGUAUGGCUGGUAGAGAAGGUCUUAUUGACACAGCUGUGAAAACAAGUCGUUCGGGUUACUUACAAAGAUGUUUAAUUAAACAUUUAGAAGGAUUAAGUGUUGCCUAUGAUAACACUGUCAGAGAUGCCGAUAGUAGUGUAAUUCAAUUUGCAUAUGGUGAAGAUGGUCUUGACGUUUUGAAAUGUCAAUUUUUAAAAGAAAGUCAAUUAGACUUUCUUGAUGUAAAUUCCAAUGCCAUUGUCGCAAAAUCUAUCAUUAAAAAACUUAAAGAAGAUACACAUAGUACUAAACUUAUUGCAAAAUGUCAAAAAUCUUUAAAAAAAUGGAAGAAAAAAUACGGGAGUCCUUUUGAAAAAGUUCGAACUAGUGGUUUUGCACAGUUUUCUGCAAUUGUUAAAAGAGAUAUUAAUCUUGAUGAAAAACCUACUGACGAAAAUCGAGAUCCUUAUUACUGGGAACUGGAAAAAAUGUGGCGAUCUUUAGAUUUAGAAGAAAAACAACAAUACAUGAGAAAACCAUGUCCAGAUCCGAUCUUUAGUAAAAUGUCACCUGAAUAUAAGUUUGGUACUAUAAAUGAACAAUUGGACGGUCUUAUCCAAAGUUAUUUAAAAAAUCGCCAUGAAGGUUUACAUAAUGAAUACACAGAAAAAGAAAAAUUCGUUGAAAUUAUCGGUGCUAAAUAUUUGUUCUCAAUGGCAGCGCCCGGAGAGCCUGUUGGACUUUUAGCUGCACAGUCAAUAGGUGAACCAUCAACUCAGAUGACGUUGAACACCUUUCACUUUGCUGGUAGAGGUGACAUGAACGUUACUUUGGGUAUACCCCGUUUACGAGAAAUUUUGAUGACGGCUUCAGCGAAAUUAAAAACACCAAGUAUGGAUAUACCUUUCAAAAGCAACAUUUCUGGUAUAAAUAAAAAAGCAGAAAGACUCAGACAAAAAAUGAAUAGAGUAACAGUGUCUGAUGUCCUCGAAAAGAUUGAUGUACAAUGUGAAAUAGUUACGAGCCCACAACGACAAUUAAAAACUACGAUGCGUUUUAUGUUUUUACCCCAUUCUCAAUAUAAGACUCAAUAUGCUGUGAAACCACCUCAAAUAAUAAAACAUAUGCAAAAUAAAUUCUUUAAUGAGAUGUUUUCGGUAAUUCGUAAGCAAGCUAAAGCAACUUGCGGUGUUUUGUGGGCAGCUGAAAAAGAUAAGAAACGUCGUACUGCAGGAAGUGAUGAUGAGGAAGACGAAGACAUUUCCGCAGAACCCAAAGACCGUGUCGAUGAUAAUCCAGAGAUUGAUAGUUCUGAUGAGGAAGGCCCUAACGACGAUGACGAUAAUACUGAAGUGAGAAACCGUAAAAAACGUUCAGAAGACCAAGAGUACGAAGAUCCUGAAUCAGGAGAAGAAGAGAGAUCAGAAGAUGAAGCGGAAGAUGAACAACAGAUGAAAGAAAAUGAUGACGAAAUUGAAGUAACUCAAGACAUUAACGCCGAUGACAGUAAGAUAAUGGCAAAUGUCGUCGAAAAUAUAAACAGCGCUACAAAUUACACAUUUGACACGAAAAAUCACCAAUGGUGCGAGUUAACAGUGCUUUUCCCUAUUGCGUUUUUAAGGGUCGAUCUCUCUCAAGCAUUACGCGACGCGGCGAUGAGAUCCGUUGUAUAUGAAAUUAAAAACAUAAAGCGUGCUAUUACUAAUAAAGAAAAAGAUGUUCUAUAUAUAAAAACAGAAGGUAUUAAUAUCGUUCAAAUGUUUAAAUACAAUGAUCUACUAGAUUUGAACAAGUUAUACAGCAAUGACAUUCACGCAAUCGCUAACACGUAUGGAAUAGAGGCAGCAAAUAAAGUUAUAAUAAAGGAAAUACAGAACGUGUUUAACGUUUACGGUAUCACAGUAGAUCCGCGCCAUUUGAGCUUGGUUGCUGAUUAUAUGACGUAUAAUGGUGUUUUUGAACCUAUGAGUCGUAAAGGAAUGGAGGCAUCCACUUCACCUUUGCAACAGAUGUCUUUUGAGUCAUCGUUGAUAUUUUUGAAGGAAGCUGUUUUGAAUUCGAAGAAAGAUUUUAUUAGAUCUGCUUCAAGUUGUCUUAUGAUGGGUCAGCCUUGUCGCAGUGGUACAGGAGCGUUCAGUGUGCAACAUUACAGUAAAGUUGUUAGUUAAUAAAGAAUUUGUUAAAUAUUAUAAUUUGUUUCCAACAUGUU